CCGGUCGCUCCGCUCGGCCAUUCAAUAAAAGUCGCCAGCGACUACCUCGUUUGUCAACUCUCCCUCCGCAUCCACAACAAUCACCAUGGGAGACCACCCAGACUCCCAGGCCAAGCUCCAAAGAUGGGCCAAGCGUCUCGGGACGCUGCCCAGCCUCGCCCUCCCCACCGACUACCCGCGGCCUACCCCGGCGCGCUUGGUCGAGUCGGCGCAGACCGUGUCGCUGCCCCCCAGCCUCGCUCCGGCCCUCAUGCACCUCACCUACGAGUUCUCCGAGCUCUUCCCCUCCUCGGGCCUUCCUACGCCGUACCACCUUCUCCUCACGGCAUUCGUGAUUCUCCUGUUCCGCUACACGCCUGACCCGUCCAUGGUCAUCUGCACGUCGGUGCCGGGAACCAGCACCCCGAUCCUCCUUAAGCUCGACAUCACGCCUGAGAUGACCUUCUUCGACGUGCUGCGUCAAGUUAUGGAGCGGGAGGCUGAGGCGGCCGCAGACGUCGUCCCCCUUUCCCAGCUGAUUGACCACCUCAAGCCGGAGGGCCCGCUUUACCGCGUCCGCUUCUUUGACUCGACCCAGGUUGAGAGCGACCCCACCGCUGGUCUGUCCACCGACAUCACCCUCUUCCUUCUUGCUGAGCACACGGACGUCCAGGCAACCCGCAUGGCCAUGCCCAAGCUCUAUCUCCGCCUCGUGUACAACUCGCUCCUCUUCACUCAGAGUCGCGUACAGAGCACGAUCGACUCGCUCCUUCAGCUGCUCAAGUCGGCGUCUAGUAACGAUCCCACUCACCCCAUCGGCUCGCUGCCGCUCCGCACCGAGUCGCAGGCUGCCGUUCUCCCAGACCCCUCGGCGGACCUUGACUGGUGCGGCUUUGUCGGCGCCAUCCCCGACAUCUUCUCGGCCAAUGCCAAGGCCCAUCCUGACCGCACUUGUGUUGUCCAAUGCGAGCAGGAUGACGACCACAACGACGGGCCCUCGAAGGGAAGAAGGACAUUUACCUACCGCCAGAUCGACGAGGCGUCCAAUGUCCUCGCUCACUCGCUGCUUAAGAACGGCUUGCAGCGUGGUGAGGUCGUCAUGGUCUACGCUGCCCGUAGCGUCGAGCUUGUGGUGUGUGUCAUGGGUAUUCUCAAGGCUGGCGGCGUCUUCUCGGUUGUUGACCCCGCAUACCCACCAAAUCGCCAGGUCGUGUACCUGCAGGUCUCGAUGCCCCGUGCACUCCUCGUUAUCUCGAGUGCCGGUGUGCUCGCGCCCGUUGUCUCGAAGUACAUCAAGGAGAACCUUGACCUCCGCGUCCAGAUCCCAGCCAUCUCGGUGACUGAGAACGGCAUCGCUGGCUCGCCGGCUGGCGCCAGCGAGGACAUCCUCGCCCAGUACCAGCAGUACGCGCAGACCGCGGCCGGCAUUGUUCUUGGUCCCGACUCGAAUGCCACUCUGUCGUUCACCUCGGGCUCGACUGGUAUUCCCAAGGGAGUCAAGGGACGGCACUACUCGCUCACCCACUUCUUCCCAUGGAUGGCCAAGACGUUCGGCCUCAGCUCCGAGUCUCGUUACACCAUGCUGAGUGGUAUUGCGCACGACCCUAUUCAGCGUGACAUCUUCACGCCGCUCUUCCUCGGCGCGUCGCUGUUUGUCCCCACCGCCGACGACAUUGGCACCCCCGGCCGCCUCGCCGAGUGGAUGGACGACAACAAGGUCACCGUCACCCACCUCACCCCUGCCAUGGGCCAGCUUCUCUCGGCCCAGGCCACGCGCCAGAUCCCCUCUCUUGAGAACGCGUUCUUCGUCGGUGACGUUCUUACCAAGCGUGACUGCCACCGUCUUCAGUCGCUUGCCAAGAAUGUCUGCAUCAUCAACAUGUACGGCACUACCGAGACGCAGCGCGCUGUCUCUUACUUUGCCAUUCCUUCGGUCAAUAAGGACAUGACGUUCCUCUCGACGCAGAAGGACCUCAUUCCCGCCGGCCAGGGCAUGAUUGACGUGCAGCUGCUCGUCGUUAACCGAACCGACCGCAACAUCCCGUGCGCUGUUGGCGAGAUGGGCGAGAUCUACGUCCGCUCUGGCGGUCUCUCUGAAGGCUACCUUGACCCCGCCGCAACAGCUGAGAAGUUUGUCACCAACUGGUUCACCGAGGGUAUGGAGCGCGAGGACACGCUCGUUGAGAGCAACCCUGAGGCUGCGAAGUACUGGUUCGGUGUCCGCGACCGUAUGUACCGCUCAGGUGACCUUGGCCGGUACCUGCCCGACGGCAGAGUCGAGUGCACUGGCCGUGCGGACGAUCAGAUCAAGAUCCGUGGAUUCCGCAUUGAGCUCGGCGAGAUCGACACGCACCUGUCGCGUCACCCGCUCGUGCGCGAGAACGUCACCCUCGUUCGUCGUGACAAGGACGAGGAGAAGGUUCUAGUCUCGUAUUUCGUGCCCAACGAUGUGCCUGAACUCGCGGGCAUGGCAAGCGCCAGCGAGGGUGACGGGGACGAGAACGAGGUUGACCUCAAGUCGGAGAUGCUUCGCGGUGUGCGCCGCUACCGUCGUCUCAUUCGCGACAUCCGCGAGCACCUGAAGAAGAAGCUGCCUUCGUACGCAGUUCCAGCAGUCUACUUCCCUCUGCGCAAGCUGCCGCUCAAUCCCAACGGCAAGAUCGACAAGCCUGCACUUCCCUUCCCGGACACGGCACUUGCCGCCAAGCCCACCCAGACCUCGGCAACAAACCUCACCCCGGUGCAGAAGACUAUCCACGACAUCUGGCUCAAGCUUCUGCCGUCGCCGCCCUCCUCGAUCGGCAUUGACGAAAACUUCUUUGACCUUGGAGGCCACUCGAUCCUCGCGACUCGUCUCAUCUUCGAGCUGCGCAAGACGUUCGUUGUCAACGCCCCGCUUGGCCUCGUGUUCGAGAAGCCGACGAUUGAGCUCCAGGCUGCGGCCAUCGAGGACCUCUCCUCCGGCGGUGUCACCGUUGCGGAGGAGACGCCAGCGAAGGAGGCUGUGCCUGAGGUUCCCUACGCUGAAGAUGUUGCCAAGCUCGCAGCCAAGCUGCCCGCCAUGUUUGCGCCCCUCCCGUCCGACUUUUCCACCAAGAAGCUUACCGUGUUCCUCACUGGUGCGACUGGCUUCCUCGGCGCCUUCAUUCUGCGUGACUUGCUCUCGCGCCGCACCGCCAAGGUAAUCUGCCUUGUACGCGCCAAGACGCCUGAGGAGGGCCUCAAGCGCCUGCGUGACUCGGGUGAGGGCCGUGGCGUGUGGGACGAGAACUGGGUUAAGGAGGGUCGCGUCGAGGCCGUUGUCGGUGACCUUGCGUCCGAGCACUUCGGCCUCAACCAGGCCGACUGGGACCGCGUCGCGGCGGAGGCGGACGCUGUGCUCCACAACGGCGCUGUGGUGCACUGGGUGUACCCCUACGCCAAGAUGCGCGACGCCAACGUCAUCUCGACACUUACCUGUCUCGAGCUCUGCGCCCAGACUAAGCCCAAGCUGUUCAGCUUCAUCUCGUCGACCGCUACGCUCGACAACGAGCGCUUCGUGCAGAAGUCGGAUGAGCUUCUUGCCGAGGGCAAGGCUGGUCUGAGCGAGGAGGAUGAUCUUGAGGACUCGCGUACCGGCCUUGACACUGGUUACGGCCAAAGCAAGUGGGUGGCUGAGAAGCUCAUCAUGGAGGCCGGCAAGCGUGGCCUUUCUGGCUGGACUCUUCGUCCCGGCUACGUGCUCGGCGACACUACAAGUGCCGUCACAAACACCGACGACUUCCUGUGGCGUAUGGUCAAGGGAUGUCUCCAGCUCGGCCUUACGCCUGACAUCAACAACACGAUCAACAUGUGCCCCGUGGACCACGUCGCAUUGCUGGCCUCGCUCUCAACCCAGUCAUCCGAGGGCUUCAAGGUCCUCCACGUCACUGGCCACCCUCGCAUGCGCUUCAACGACUUCCUCGGCGCCCUUGCGACAUACGGAUACCCGGUCAAGCGCAUCGAGUACAUCCAGUGGCGCACCAAGCUCGAGCAGCAUGUUCUCCAAACGCAGGACAAUGCCCUCUUCCCUCUCCUCCACUUUGUUCUCGAUGACCUCCCCACAAGCACCAAGGCGGUGGAGCUCGACGAUGCGAAUGCGCAAGCUCUCGCAUCGUCGGCCGGCGCGCGCCCCACAGCGGGCAUUACCGAGGACCUGUGUGGGCUGUACCUCGCCUGGCUCAUCCGCGCGGGGUGGAUGGAGGCCCCGCCUUCUGGCCAAGGCAAGCCGCUACCGACACUCCAGGGCGGUGUGUCGCGUGCUAUUGGGCGGACGACGGCCGGCGUUGCGUAGGUUGAAUAGAAGAUAAAACGAGUCACCGCUCGUGUGUUGACAUUAGUGGGAUGAAUGGUUUCAGCUAUUGAUUCAUGAGACCCUUAACGCUAGUAAAUCGGUGUUGGCUAGUUGCCCUUAAGCGAGC